CACGGAGGGAAUCUCGGAACAGUUGACACGGCGCAACCCGAAGUCCAGCAGACAUCGGAAACAACAUGAAAGUUUAUUCAACAUUUCAUGCAAAGAAAAUAUAAAUAACGAGGGGAGGAGUUGGAGCGAAAUUUCUACCAGAAAACCAGUGCUGCCUUUUCAACCAGGACAUUUUUAAGACACCAGCAUGUCGAUGGAGAAGAAGGUUGUGUUGAUCACAGGAUGCUCAUCUGGGAUCGGACUCAGCUUGGCUGUUCGAUUGGCCUCUGACACCAGCAAAAUGUUCAAAGUGUAUGCCACCAUGAGGAACCUGGCCAAGAAAGAACGACUCUUAGAUUCUGUAAAAGGUCUGCACCAAGAUACGUUGGAAAUACUUCAAAUGGACGUGACUGAUAGACAAUCCAUCCUGACAGCACGAGACAAAGUUGUGGAGAAACGGGUGGACAUUCUGGUGUGUAAUGCCGGUGUGGGUUUGAUGGGACCCCUGGAGGCUCAGUCCUUAGACACAAUGAGGCAUAUUCUGGAGGUCAACCUUCUUGGCACCAUCCAGACCAUGCAGGUGUUCUUGUCAGGAAUGAAAGCUCAAGGUCAGGGCCGGAUUCUGAUCACGGGCAGCACUGGAGGGCUUCAUGGUCUUCCUUUUAAUGAGGUCUACUGUGCCAGCAAGUUUGCAAUUGAAGGUGCAUGUGAGAGUCUGGCUGUCCUCCUGCAACACUUUAACAUACAAGUCAGUCUCAUUGAGUGUGGUCCGGUCAACAGUGACUUCUUGAUUAACCUGCAGAAGGCAGAGCUCGGGGAUUCAUCCCUUCAACAGGUUGAUGGCCGAACGCUCAGCCUGUAUGAAAAAUACCUGGAACACUGCAGCAUGGUUUUCCAAAAUGCUGCACAGGACACUGAAGAUAUUGUUGAGGUAUUUCUAGAUGCCAUUCAUUCCACCAGUCCUGCAUUCAGAUACUUCACCAGCAAUGUCAUGCCACCUGUUACCAAACAGAAGGUCACAGAACCAGAUGGAAUGGAAUACAUCAAAGCUAUGAGCAAGAUCAUUUUUGCAGAUGAGGACCAAUAACUGCAGAAAUGUUGCUUUUUCAUUCAAGCAGCCACUUUAUCUGCAAACUUUGGCCUAAGUGAAAAGAAUAGUGUUUGGUUUUCUAAUUUUAGCUUUUGGGGCAAAGGUGAUGAAGUGAGUUUUGUAAGAGGAGUUUACAAAAAAAUGCAACUCCACAUUCUAUAUUUGUCUAAGAGUUAUUGCUUGUGGAGUAAUAUUUGAUAAGGAUUACAUAUAUUGUUUUAAGUUAUUCCACAACCUUUGCAUUAGUUUAUUUCAACAAAGCUUUUAUCUCACAUUCCAUAUUUUCUCUGAGAUUGCGGUGCUUCAUGCCAGGCUCUUGCAUUAGAUUGUUGAAACAAAAAAUUUUCUAAAAAUGUAGCUAUGUAACUUUAGUUUGCUAUUUUUAACGCAUGGAAAAAAACUGUCCCAUUUUAAAGCAAGAACUGGCUGAAUGAUGGUCUAUGUAAAGACCCAAAACCUGGAAUAAUUAUUGGGUGUCACAUUAUAUUAAUAUCCACACAUAAGUACAAAGUUAUGCAUGUGUAUAUAUGUGUAUUUGCAUGUGUGCAUUUUGCAGUUUUAAACUUUAAAAGCAAAGGAUAUCCCAGCCAAACUGGGAUAUCCUUUGUUGGUGUUAUAUAUAUAUAUAUAUAUGCAUUCAUGUCAGUUACACUAAAAGCACAAAUAUGGGAGCAAAGAAACAGACUGCAUUGCAUCAUGAGAUGUGCAGUGUACUUAGUGAUAGGCCUGUGACACGACAUCAGCCAAAGCAAACACAGCACAAAGAAAUCCAAUUGAACUUUUAAUCAAAGAUAUGUAAAACAAAGGGUUCCUGCAACUCCUUUCUCUUUCAGCAAGAAUCUAGCUGGAUUAGAAGACAAAUGUUUCCAAAUAUUUGUCUAAUCUGAAAUUUACUGAUUUUAAGGUAUAUUUGAACAAAAUGCUGAGGCAUUAAAUUGUUGCACAAAGUUUCAUGGAUCAAAGUCUCAGUGGACAGUCAUUCACUCUGUAAUGUUUAAUUCAGUAAGGGGAUUAGCUUGUCCUCUUCUGACAUGAGACGGGUUAUCUUGUCUGUACAUCCACGGCUUGCGUAUCUGACCUAUUUUUUGACAUGCCUCACUGAGACUCUCAAAUCCUUUCCUGAUCAGGUGCUCUAAUUCCUUUCUGAGGAUCCUUUUUUUGGAUUCAACAAGUUGGCCAUGUUAGUUCGCAACCCUUUAAGACAAAAGCACAGACAUGUGAGCUCUUUAGAAUACAAUGUAUUAUGUGGAUCUGUAUUACUGGGAUUUAAGGGUGCUGCAAGUACAAAUAAUUUUCACAUUUGGUCUGGUGAGAUGACUUCACAACAUUUUUUUCAAGAUAUUUUUUAAUAAAUCAAAUGCUUGAGUGCUUCCUUAUUUUUUAUUUUUUUUGUCUGGUUUAAUUAUUACUCCAAUCAGUUUUGUGACCUUUACUGCUGCGUCGUAUCAGAGUCCAGGUUCAUCGUGUACAGGUCAUUGACCUGCUGGACUUUCAUUCUGUCCAGAGUGGAAAAUUCUUUAAAUGCCAUUCAUACACUGGAUUCCAAACGCCAGAUGAUUUAGUUGCAGUUAUCUAUUUCCUGCUUUUUCUUUUUUUUAUUGGAUUUAGGUAAUUAUGUAUGUAGAUUAAAGGCAAACCGAUGAGUUUUUGAUCUUUACUAUUAGACUAUUGCUACAAAUAUCCUGAAAUAGUCUUACUUCAAAUCUCUUUAUCCCUAACAGUUUUGUAUCUGAACCGAGGUAUUUAAUGACCAAAUUAAUUUUAUAUCCAGGGCGGGAUAUUGGUUGGUUGAGUUUGGAAGAGUAUAUUACAAUAAAGGUUUUGUCACAUUCUG